CAGUGCAAUGGCUCUCUUCGGUUCUUCGAAUGCCCCGGCCUCCUCCGAGGACGUCAAGGCCGCCAUCGUCAAACAGCUUCAACAAGAAGCCGCAUUAGCCAAUGCGCGGAUUCUGAUCGCCAAAGUCAACGAGCACUGCUUCGAACGCUGCAUCCCCGCCCCCGGCUCGUCACUCUCCUCGGGCGAACAGACCUGCCUGUCGAGUUGUAUGGAGAAGUACAUUUCGCUGUGGAACGUGGCGAGCAAGACGUACGUGGGGCGCGCGACUUCGGAGAGCAAGAAAGUCGGGCAGGAUAUUCAUGCCAUGGCAGCUUUGGGGACUGGAAACUCCGAGUAGAAACGAUGUCCCUUCUCAAAGAGAACAGGGGGGGAAUUGGAGCACGGCCAAGGAGAAAACAAUGGUCAACUGUCUUAUUAGAUGGGCGGGUGGCAUUGAUUGAUUAUUGAUAAAAAAUGUAUAAUAUGGGCGAAUACACUGCAGGCUUGUAUAGUGAAUACAUCUGUUGAAUCUAUA